AUCAAAUAUAACUUAAAAAACAUAAAAGUAAAAGAGACUAGUGGAUCAAAAAACAAUAAGAAAAUACCCUAUAAACAUCAUCUUAUGCUCUACCUUGCCGUGCAUCUUCAUCACUCCAUCCAUUCCCAAAUCUAUUUCCCCCACACACCCAUAUAUAAAUACAUAUCUAAAUCUUCAUCCAUAGCUAUCUACAUUUCUCUCUCUCUCUCUCUCUCUCUCUAUAUCUCUAUCUAUAUAUAUAUAUAUAUAUUUAUAUAAAUCUCCUUAUUAAUCUAUCUAUCUAUCUAUAACUAGGAUUGGAAUUGGAAGUUUGAAGCAAGUAAUUACAAGAAGAUGAAUGGCUACAGAGAAGAGAAUCCAAGAUGUAGUUUCCAUCCAAAAGAAGUAAUAGUAGGUAUAUGUGCUCUAUGUUUAAAGGAAAGGCUUCUUCUAUUGGCUCCCAAAUCCAAUACUAACACUAGCAAAAUCAAAUCCUUCAAAAUCCUUAAGAAGAAGCCCAACAUCACUCUUGAAAAAGUCUUUGCUUUAGCCUCCUUCCUCCUUGAGUUCCGCCAUCGGAACUCCGGCAGCAGUGAUGACUCUGGUAAAGGCUCCGCCGCAAGCCUCGACGAUUCAUUCAUAUCAAUCAAGUUUGAAGACAAUGGAAAAGCAUCAUGGGAUCACAAGACAAACCACAAGAAAGAAUCAAGAAUUGAGAGUGUGGUGGUACCGACAAAGCCCGGCGGAGGGCGAGGGCCGAGGUGGAAGAAUGGUAUUGGACACUUGCUCCAAAUGCCCGGGAAACACCACGUCAGCUCGUCGGGUAAUGUAAGGAGAGGUUGGAGCCUUAGGAUGAGGAGGACCACUACCACUACCACUACCACCACCACCACCAUCACUACCAUGACAGAUUAAAAAAUGGAGUUAGGCAAAGUUGGGUAAAUGGAUACCUUCAUCACUCUACACUUUCAUGUGUGUUUCCUCGUCGUAAAAGAUAAUAAUAAAUAAUAAUAAAAAAUAAAAAAUGCAUUAUGGAAUGUAAUCUAGCAAAGAUAUGUAAACAAGUAUGUAGAUUGUCAUUGGUUAAUGAGGAAGGAAUACUUUGGCUGUGGAAUUAAUUAAACCUGAAUGCAAUUAAUGAUAA